AGAUGGCGGACGGGGACAGCGGCAGCGAGCGCGGCGGCGGGUUCGGCGGCCCGCGCGGGCCGGGCCCCGAGCAGGAGACGCAGGAACUGGCCUCCAAGCGCCUGGACAUCCAGAACAAGCGCUUCUACCUGGACGUGAAGCAGAACGCCAAGGGCCGCUUCCUCAAGAUCGCCGAGGUGGGCGCGGGCGGCUCCAAGAGCCGCCUCACGCUCUCCAUGGCCGUGGCCGCCGAGUUCCGCGACUACCUGGGCGACUUCAUCGAGCACUACGCGCAGCUGGGCCCCAGCAGCCCCGAGCAGCUGGCGGCGGCCGGGCCGGGCGAGGAGGCCGGGCCGCGCCGCGCGCUGAAGAGCGAGUUCCUGGUGCGCGAGAACCGCAAGUAUUACCUGGACCUGAAGGAGAACCAGCGCGGCCGCUUCCUGCGCAUCCGCCAGACCAUCAACCGCGGCCCGGGCCCGGGCUUCCCCGGCCCGCCCGGCCUGCAGAGCGGCCAGACCAUCGCGCUGCCGGCCCAGGGCCUCAUCGAGUUCCGCGACGCGCUGGCCAAGCUCAUCGACGACUACGGCGGCGACGAGGAGGAGCUGGGCGGGCCGGGCGGCGGCGCGGGGCUGGGCGGGGAGCUGCCCGAGGGCACCUCCAUCACCGUGGACUCCAAGCGCUUCUUCUUCGACGUGGGCUGCAACAAGUACGGCGUGUUCCUGCGCGUGAGCGAGGUGAAGCCGUCCUACCGCAACGCCAUCACCGUGCCCUGCAAGGCCUGGGCCCAGUUCGGCGGCGCCUUCUGCCGCUACGCCGACGAGAUGCGCGACAUCCAGGAGCGCCAGCGGGACAAGCUCUACGAGCGCCGCGCCGGGCCGGCCGGGCCGGGCAGCGGCAGCGGGGCCGGCGACGACUCCGACGGGGACGACGUGGACGACGACUGAGCGGCGCCCCCGGCCGGGGAGCCGCCGCCACCCCCAGCCCCGGCCCCAGCGGAGAGAGAAUCCAGCUUCACCGCAGACACCGACCGCCCCCGGCCCCUGCUGCCCGGAUCCCUCCCCGGCCCCUUUCGAGAUCGUGCCCCCCCGCCCCCGCCAUGGAAACCAGCAUCCCGGCGGCCGCGCCGCCGCCGAGCGCUUGAAGAGAAGGGAGAGGCCGCCGCAGCUAUCCAGAUCCGAGGGUGCAGGUCGCGAUGGGGAAGGAGAUCGGGCCUAGCCGGGGCGGGAGGGGAAUCCCGGCAGCUUCGGGCCUAGAGUUGGGACGAGCCUGUUUCCGGACCAACGUCCAUUCUGUCCUUUCCUUUGCAGACUUGUUUUCUGGGAUGCAAACUGCUCCGCUCCGGGCGCUGCCGGAACCGGUCAGCGAGCGAGUUCCCGCUGGCAGCGUGCUGAAGAUUAAGAGACACUUUCUUGUUUUGAUUUUUUUGUUUUUAAACAUGGGGGUUGCGAAGAGGUAGGUUCAAGGAAAAACAGGCAUAAAGCACAAGGAAAGCUGAGUGGAUUGGUUGCUGCUCACUGAAGUUCUUCCCCUUCUCUCCAAGUAAGGUGGUCUUGGAAAAGAAACAGCGUUAGCAGUAGGGAGAAGUAAGAGCCAACUCUCUUGGCUCCAGUGGGUUGACCCAGCCAAUAAGUGGAAUCCAGCCUGUGAGCUGGGUUUUUAAAUCUUUAAACCAUAACUUGGUUGAGAACAGCAACAUGUGGCUACAAGUCUAGUCUGUGAAAGAAUGACUGGCACAAAGUGAGACAUGAGCGUCAUUCAUCUUCAGUGGAAAUCAGUGGACAUGUUCGACUAUGAAUCUAAACACCAAGAACCUCAGGUCCAGAAGUCCAUCACUUGUUCUUUUACAAGAGUUUUUAAAAAGAGAAGAGAACUCAAUCUGUUUCCUCAGUACCUCACAUUGUGUUAACAGCAGAGUUGGCAAAAAUGCACGGAUGGAUUGUUCAGAGCAGCACACAACCUGUGGGAGCUUCAGAUCCAUCGCUGAAAAGGAGCAGAAACAAAAUGAAUAAGCUCUGUGACUAUAAAUAUACCCUAGCAGCAUUUUUUACCACCUUGAAAUUUCACCAUAGACUGGCUACUGCCAAUUCGUCCAGCUGUCGCUCCAGAAUUCAGUUGGGGCUCUUUCCAGGGAGCACCACUUUAAAUGGAUUUUUCACUCUAAAAUGAUUUUUUUUUAGCUAAUUGAGUCAACCCUACCCCUCCAGAAAGGUAUUUCUAGACACCUAGUCGUAUUCUAGUAACUUUGAACUGAAUGGAGAGAGUGCUAUUCAUUCCAAAGUUCCAGAUAUUACUUGGGUGACAUCAUAGAAUCUUUCAUAUUUUUUUUAAACUGUGCAUGCCUGUCCUUUAUUUGAGCUGCCUUUUUAAUUUAUUGCAUACCCUUAUUACCUUAUUUUGUUAUUACUCUACCUAUACUAUCUUUAUUUUGUAUUUAUUGGAAAAUAAGGAACAUACAAAAGGCUUUUUUUUUUUUUUUCUUCAUGCAGUUGUGGCUGGGGGGGAGAAUGGGUAGGAUUUUAAAAAAAUAGCUUUUGAGAUAGUGAUAAAAAUCAGUUAUCAGAACAUUAACCACGAGUUUGUUUCAGCCACAGACCUGUAUUGUUGCCCUUUUAAAAACUAAUUCUUUCCUCCUGGUGUCCAUGGUAGGUCUUUUUAACACCAAUGUUUAAAGAUAUUUUUUUUUAAAAUUCUUCUCCGUUGCAAAGAACCGGGUUUCCUAAACUGUACGGGAGCAAUAGUUUUUCUUGAUGUUUUAAUUACAUCCGUAUACUUGUACUGUAUUUUGUACUCUAAGGCAGCUGUUUUCAAUAAUGUCCUGCUGUAUUUACCUA